UUUCCAACAGUUUUAGUGUGUUUUAAUCUUGAGAAGCAGGACUGUAUGGACUUGUUGCGCGCAGUUGCGUGUCGCGCCGUUUCAUAGUUUUGGGUUUGUUUGUUUUUUUGUAGUUGUUUUUAAGUUUUAAUAAUGCUAAAAAAUAAUGGGAAAAAGACAGCGGUCUCUGUAGCGUGCACGGGAUGCCUCUGCUUGCUGCUGCUGCUGGUGGUCGCGCUGCAGCAUCAGCGCGUUCAGGUGACGGACGGAGAGGACGCAGCCGCGCGCGCUGCGCCGGAGGAGAGCGCGCGGCUCAGCGGGGACAAGAAGGGAUUCUCCACCUAUUUUACCAAGCUGACCCGGGGACGGAGGGAGGUGGAGAAACCCGCACGGACCUCCGCCGCCGCCUCGGACCCCCCUCCGGCUGAGGACAUCAGCGCGGCUGACAUCUUCAUCGCCGUGAAAACCACUAAGAAGUUCCACCAGUCCAGACUGAACCUGCUGCUGGACACCUGGAUCUCUAGAAACAUGCAACAGACUUACAUCUUCACAGACGGAGAGGACGAUGAGCUAAAGAAGAAAAUCGGAAGUCACGCAAUCAACACCAACUGCUCUGCAGCUCAUAGCCGGCAAGCUUUGUCCUGCAAGAUGGCGGUGGAAUACGACAAGUUUAUCGAGUCGGGGAAAAAAUGGUUCUGCCAUGUAGACGACGAUAACUAUGUGAAUGUUCGGACCCUUGUGAAGCACCUGUCUCAGUACCCCCACACCCAGGAUUUAUACAUUGGGAAACCCAGCCUGGACCGGCCAAUAGAGGCCACAGAGAGGCUGGGUGACAACAAAAUGAAACCCGUUAAUUUUUGGUUUGCCACGGGAGGAGCCGGCUUCUGCGUGAGCCGCGGUCUGGCACUAAAGAUGAGCCCAUGGGCCAGUGGGGGUCACUUUAUGAACACAGCAGAGAAGAUCCGCCUCCCUGAUGACUGCACCAUCGGCUACAUCAUUGAGUCGGUUCUGGGGGUCCCUCUGACUCGGAGCAGCUUGUUUCACUCCCACCUGGAAAACCUGCAACAGGUGUCUCGAUCUGAGAUUCACAAGCAGAUCACUCUCAGUUAUGGGAUGUUUGAAAACAAGAGCAACAUCAUCAGCUUGAAAGGGGCUUUUCCUGUGGAGGAGGAUCCAUCAAGGUUCAGGUCUGUUCACUGUCUCCUGUAUCCAGACACACCAUGGUGUCCCCCUCAGGUUGCCUUCUAGGGCAACUGCUCCUUUCUCAUCCUCGUCCCCGCCGCGCCUCGGUAUCUGAAAGGCUCACGGGGACCAGUGUUUUUUUGGUAUGAGACUGCGUUGCUGCUGCGUUCUCGCAGCAGCCAUGCGUGGUCUUUAAUGGUUUUACUAGGCUGCUGUGCGGCCCAUCUUUGGACUUCGUCUCUUCGCCACAACUUCGUCCAACAAAGCUUGGGUGGAGGAUUUCGGCUGUCGGAUGGAAGUAGCUUUUACCACUUAGCUUUGCAGGCAAUCAGUUGUGCUUUUGUGAUGUAAAUGUUGCUUGUAAAUGCUUAAGCAAUUCUCAUAGAAUGUAUCCUCAUAUAUUCUAACCUUUUGCCAGCUUUCCUUUUUUUUCUGUUAAAAACUUAAAUGCCACUCAGGACUAUGAUUGGCUCUGAGAUCUUUUAUAACGGGAAAUUUUUUUCCCUUGUAUUUGCCUUCAGUUCUGGUCCAGAUGACUCCGGAUUAAUGCUCUGAAAUGAAGAUAUUGCUGUAAUUUUUCAUGAACAAUGUUACUUUUCCCACAACCUAAGCUGGCAAUUGGCACAUCUCCAAAUACAUUUUUCUGUGAGGGACCUAAUCUGAAGUAUGUCAGAAAAAAAAGCACUUUUUCCUCCUUAUUUUAAAGAUUAUAACUAAUUGCCCGAGUUUACGUCCUUUAAUGACAUACUUCAGAUUUGAUUCCAAGCAAAACAAAAGAAAAUGACCCCCUAAGAAUCUAGUUUCCCUUUUUGUUUCUAUGUAUUUUAUAACACUGCUUGCAUUAGUUACAAUCAGGGAAAAGCAAUAGGGGGAAAGAUUGUGUUUUUUUAGGAGGGGGGGUUAGAAUCUGCUUUGAGAAAUGUUUUAUGUUGUUUUAAAAUUGCACAGCUGUGUUUCAAAUAACCUGACGUUUGAAGCUCACCUCUACAGACCCGCUCACUGUUGAUUAGUAGCCAAAAGAGCCAAGAAAAAGUGACAUCUGCUCGUAUUGUCUGUUAUGGCUUUCAGAGAUACAACAAAGGAGAUAUCUGUUAUUAUUAACUCUGCUGGUCCUUAUUUACGCAUAAAUCCAGCCAGUUAUUGUUCAGACCUUUGAGGUGAGCGCAGCGUCAGUGUUUCCACAUGGAGGUGUUUUGAUCCCUCUGUGUUCUCUCUCACCCAUAUUGGGUUUCAUCUUUAUUGCGGUAUUGUAUACUGCACCUUUGUUUAAAAGAAUAGGGAUUGUAUAUGCUUAGAAUGUCAUUUUCUCAUUGUGGUUUUAACCAGUUUUAAAUAACUCGGCCGGGAUUUGUUUUAUUUUAUUUUUUCUUGGUAUUGCUUUGAACUGUACGACAUGAUUGGUGUUUAUUCUCCAGUAUCUGGAGGGUUUUUACAGUUCAUUCCCACAUCUGACUUCUCAGGGAUUAUGAGCUGAUCCUGGUAUUAACCGUCUUGGGACCCAUGGUGGGACCCGAAAAGUUGAAUAAAUGUGCUUAACCACUGAGAACCUUUUA